UCCCUCCUUCCCUCCCUCUCUCCGCCCGCCGUGAGGGCGGGAGGGAAGCGGCAGCCCCGAGCGGGAGGCGAGGGAGGCGGCGCGCCGGGAGCCAUGCGGGAGUACAAGGUGGUGGUGCUGGGCUCGGGCGGCGUGGGCAAGUCCGCCCUCACCGUCCAGUUCGUGACGGGCUCCUUCAUCGAGAAGUAUGACCCCACCAUCGAGGACUUCUACCGCAAGGAGAUCGAGGUGGACUCCUCGCCGUCGGUGCUGGAGAUCCUGGACACGGCGGGCACCGAGCAGUUCGCCUCCAUGCGGGACCUCUACAUCAAGAACGGGCAGGGCUUCAUCCUGGUCUACAGCCUGGUGAACCAGCAGAGCUUCCAGGACAUCAAGCCCAUGCGGGACCAGAUCAUCCGGGUGAAGAGGUACGAGAGGGUGCCCAUGAUCCUGGUGGGCAACAAGGUGGACCUGGAGGGCGAGCGGGAGGUCUCCUUCGGGGAGGGCAAAGCCCUGGCCGAGGAGUGGAGCUGCCCCUUCAUGGAGACCUCGGCCAAAAACAAAGCCUCGGUGGACGAGCUCUUCGCGGAGAUCGUCAGGCAGAUGAACUACGCCUCGCAGCCCAACGGGGACGAGCAGUGCUGCUCCUCCUGCGCCAUCCUCUGAGGGCGGCGGCGGGCCGGGGCUGGCUGCGGGCACACGGCGGCGGCGGCGGCUCAGCCACCCCCGGCCGGGGCGAGCGGCGGGGCGGGCGCGUUGGCCUCGGCGGCCGCCAGAGACAGACACACACAGAAACGGAAAAAAGGAGGAGAAAAAACAAAACAAAACACAAAACCACCACAAAAACAAAAAAAAAAAAGGAAAAAAAAAUUAAUUAUAUCGUGUUGGAAAUGUGGCUUUUUUCGGCAUGUACGUUUCGUCCAGUCUUGGUCGUUGCAUAUUUCCCGUCAGUGUCUGCCGCUGCCCCGCGCUGGCAGCGGGCACGGGGGAGGACGGCGGCGGGGAGCGGCCCCGGGAGCGGGGCACACGCGUGGAGCCCGGCCCGGACACGCGUGGAGCCCGGACACGCGUGGAGCCCGCCGCCGGCCCGAGGAUCUCUAUGCAAAAGCUGGGGGGCUGUGCCCGGGGCGUCCCGCCUGGAGAAUUGCACAUCUGAACUGGGACUGUAACUCAAACACUGAUGCCAAUACAGUGUGGGGUGCCAGAAAGUGUCUGCUGAUGAUUUGUGAAAUAAUCUUCUAUUUUGUUUACCUGCUGUAUCGGAUGGGAGUUUGCAGGAGAGUGGUAGCGUGUUGGGGUUUUCCUGUUGUGUUUUGUUGUUUGUUUAUUUUUUUUUUUUUAAAUCAGCUGUGAAAAUGUUACAGAUCUGCACAAUUUUUUAGGUGUGCGUGUGUGUGUGAUUUCGUUUUUAUUUUAAUUUUCCUUUGGCGGGUGGGAGCGGUGGUGUUUUUGUUCCGAGGGUUUUUCUUUUUAGGUUGGCAAUAACUGAUUUUGAUGACUAGCUCUCUAAAGUGCAAAGACUUCCUAUAUGUGAUGCAGGGCCAACAGCAACCCUGUGUCUAUAGAGUGCCUUCAAAACUCAGCUGUUCCAGCCGGUGCCAACCUGUGAAAGCUCCACAGAAUCCCAUUAUCUACUACUCCAAAAACUACUUAACAGUUUCCUUGCAGUAAUCAUACCGAACAAGCCAGGACAAAAGGGCCUAUUGUUAGUGGAAUUUAUUUCUUAUUUCCAUCUGAGCCUUUUAACUGUAAUUGCCAUGUCUUGCAAGUUCGGGCUUCAUUUACUUCAAAUUUACAAGAAUUUAGCCUUUUGGGAUUUUGGGGGGGUGGCUUUUUUUUUUUUUCCUUUGGUUUUGUUGUGGGAUGUACCUCCAGCCAGCAAAGAAGGAAAUCUUAUCGUUGUGAUGUACCAAGAAAAUUCUAACAACUGUCAUUUUAAUUCCAGACAUGCAUUUAAGAGAUGUCUAUCCAUUUUAAGAUUUUUAAUACAAAUGCUGUUUUUUAGAAAACAACUUUGUGCGCUUUUAUGUAUUACAUGAAACACUAACUUUCACAUAGGCUGUUAUUCCUGAUUUAUGUCUUAAUAGAAGUGAAAGGGGGGGGGCUUGAUUCAGGAGAGUGUUUAAAGGGAAAAAAAAAAAAAGACAUACCACAAGAGUGCUAGUUUAUCUAAUAUUUAAUAAUUUUUAAUACAGUUUUUCAUUUGUGUUUAGGUCUUGACCCUAUGUGAUGCCAUCAUGAAUGGAUGCUAUAUUCAGUAGGCAGCAUUUAGGAAGGUAGCGUGGCGUGAAUGCAAAAGGCCUUGGAAAAUUAGGUCCUUAUUCUUUACUGGGAACAGCAUGGUUUAUUGGGCUAAAAUUCUAAAGGUUGAUUAUUUAUAAAAUUUAAGCUUUUAAUCUCAUCGUGUUAUAACGCUUUAAAAUUAUGCAUCACACCUUUAUUUCUUUCCUGGUUUGCAGAGGGUGGGAGACAUCUGUAUCUUCUGUCAUUUGGAAGAUCUAGGGAGUUUGUUUACAUCCAUUAUCUUCCUCUCUGAGCCCCUUCUUUAAAGAUGAGCACACAAAACCUUCAAUUUUUUUUUCUUUUUUAUUAAUUUUUUCCCUCACCCCUAUCCCAAGAAGACUUGAAAUAUCUUACCACAUGAAAGCAAAAGUUCAGCAAUGAUGUAUGUGUAAAGGGGUUUUUAAUCAGACCAACUGAAAAUUAACUGCCAUGAUUCCUACUCUGAAUCUGAUAAUUUCUACUAUUUUACAUAAGAAAACUUUCUGCUUCAUCACUGGAAGAACAGUGUUUAGUAUUAGUUUAAUUCUAUGUAUUGAAAUUCCAGUGAUGGAAAUUAAAAUUAUAAUCUUGUGGUUUAGUUGAAAAUUGGAUACUUAUUUUAGCAACAUCCGAGAUCUACUGAAAAUUUGGAAAAUACAUACUUAACUAUUGAAGGUCUCUCUUCUCCUGAGCUCCCAUGUCCUUCAAAACAGCAAGGACCUGUUCUGAUACAAAUCAGUCAAGCUGUAUCAGUCAGACUGAUACAAUCACAGUUGAAAACAAAGAGGGUUGGAGAAGGCAACCCUACUGGCAUUCCCUCAACUUCUGCUUGGGGCCUUCAAGUGACAGACAAAUUAAUCCAGCCUCUCCACUUUUAAGUGAAAAUGAAAAACCUCUUUGCAGCUUGUCUUUCAGAAAUUUCUAAAAAUUAAUUAGAAGCCAACUCCCCAUGGACUUCCAGGUUAGAGGGGCAGAGGAAUAAUGCUUAUUAAUAGUGAGGGUUUAUUUUAACAAAAAUGCUGCAUUGAGAACUAAGAAAGCUUGACUGCCACUGUGUCUGAAGUUUAAAAAACUUAUAUGGCAUUUUUAAAAAAACUUUAGACAUUAUUUACAUCUCAGCUAUUGCUAUGGUUCAAUUUUGCCUUAAGUUCAAUGGGAUUAUACAGUUUUUAGCAAUCAACAUGACAUGCUCCAGAUCAGUGUAUUGGAAUCAACAUGUUCCACUUAAUGAAAGCAGGUAUUUAUUCUGUUCUCCCCAACAGGUAGCAGAUUCUUCAUGUUUUCUAGUGCCUCCUGUUGCCCUACUGCCUGUAUUGUGAUUGAGGAAUGAUGCAAAAAUGGGUGUGUGUAUCACACAGUGGCACCAAAAGUCCAGUUUUUCUCAGCCUAGCAGAGCAGCUGAAGGCAGCCUAGUAAGUUCUGGAUUACGCUGGGGUCUUUUGUGGAUAUACUCUAGUUCUUGCCAAAAAAGUGUGUUCAUUAAACAGUGAAGGAUUUAAGAAACCAUGGCAUGGGUCUAAUCAGAGUUUUGAAUGUAUUUAGAUGUUCAAUGUUCUCUAUGACUUGGUGAGGACAGUACAAAAAGUAGAGCUCAGUAGUCUGAUCUUCCAAAUACUCUGAAGUGUUUUGGUGCUUUUUAAACAUAGGCCUUGUCUAUAAAUUAGAAAAACAUCAUACUGCUUUAACUUGACUGAAUAAUGAAAGCUAUAUUAGCUUCUACACUCGAGGAAAAUGUUGUAUCAAUAUAAAGGUACUCUUUUAUUCCUUUUCCCUGUGGGAAUAUAUUAUACCCAUGUCAAUACAAAGGUGGUAUAUAGCUCUUUUCACAGUGAGAAUUGCAAAUAUUUAAUUGAUUUGGAAGAAAAAUGACAUUCCCAGCCCAAAUACUUCCUGACAGUGCAGAAAUUGUGUAAACAAGGCCUUAGUUUAAGGCUGGUCUUAUGGCCACAUAUUUUGCUGUACAUAAUGAUUGUAUUUUUAAAAAUCCAAGCUUGUUCUAUUGCAAGAAAGUGUGUCUUUGAAAUCCUAGUCUCUGUGAUUGUAACCGUGCCACAUUUUCAACCUUGUUUUCAAUACAAGUGUGGUUCUUAUCAACACGAUGCUCAGGCUUCAUUGAUGCUUACAAUUCUGGAUGUUGAAUUCUGUGGUGGUGGGAUUCCUGGCAGUUCUGCUUCUCUCAAAAGAAUGUAUGACAAGUUUUUUGCAAAGGGCAUUUUAAAUAAAGGGCAGCUGGCUCUUUAUGACUUCA